GCCACAUAACACAAUUGAUCUAUUUCUUCAUUCGAGGUCGAUGCACCCCCUCGUGCUUUCAAACACGCGAUGGUCCACCGUGGCCGUGUUGGACCGAUAGUCGACACUACUAGUCGUACUACUAGUACUACUAUCCACGACACUGCCGUCUUCGUGCAUCAUCAUCAUGACAGUCGUCGAGUGGCGGGCGGGAAAUGUCAUAGACGACUGCAUCCACUGGGGCGGCGAAUGCGAGUUGGGCUCGUACAUGUAGUGCGUCCCCGUCUGGAGGGGGGCCGCGACACUGGACCCCCGAUCGGCGCCAUCGAACGUAUUCACGAGGAACGGAAUCGUAGUUGCGCCGUCAUCGUCGAUUACAAGGCACGACCCGCGCGGGGGCUGCUGCUGCCAACCUGGCAUGUCGAUGGAUGGACGAGGUGGCGACAGUCGAAUAAUCGAAUGAUGACCCAGCUCUUCUUGCUGUGGCUCCGUUGGUCGGGGGGGCUGGUGAUGAUGAUGGUGGAUGUAGUUCACCGAUGGGUUCCCAUGAAUAUGCCCAACAGCAGCGUUGUCCUCAUCCUGCGAAGUGCGCCUAUCCAGGCUCGACAACAAGUGACCACCAUUCCGGCCCGAGCCAUGGACGUUGGUGUUGCUUUGCCGUCGAGAAGAGCCGAUCGAUUCCGCCGUGAUGGCAUGGGCGGGGUUGUUGAUGGCAGUGGACAUGCAAGGUACGCAUACUCGGGCGUGAUAUCCGUCUACGACAAGGCGCCGGCUGCAUCGAUGGCACACAGCUUGGCUGCACGGGUGGCACGUGUAUUUGGUGCGGACACAUAGGAAGAAUCGACCCGUGCACACGGCGCACUGCGAAGCCCCUCGACCUGACGCGGACGGGCGAAGCGGGGUGGGGGGGUGGCUACGGAAGAACGCGUUUACAAGGCGGGCGUGGUGCAGGUGCGCAUCGAGUUUGGCCACCAACGGCGUUUCACUUGUGAGCCAUCUAGACAGCCACGGAGGCAACAGCCCGUUCCAGU